AUGGCAGAAGAGGACGAACUCUACUUUCUCCAGCCGGGAUUUGAUCUCAAUAGUUUGACAAUCCCCAAAAUACGGUCGAUCCUCGUCUCCCAAAAUGUCGCAUAUCCGGCGUCAGCAAAGAAAGGUCAGCUGCUGGAGAUACUAGAUCAAGAAGUUGUACAGCACGCGAGCAAAUUAUUGAAAGCGCAGGCAAGAGUUCGGCGCACGAGCAAAGGCAUAACGGAUGUCCCUAGCAGUCAAGACAGCACAGGGGCUGGAGAGGAUGAAGGCGACAAACAAUUGAUGCCACCUCCGCGUGCCCCCAAAACUCCACGCAGCAGGAAGAGCAGGUCGGAUCUGUCAACUGCGGAGUCAGCGGCCACGACACCAUCAACCUCAUUGCGCUCUAAAUCAACAAGCCGACGGAGGACAACGAGGACGCCGCGAGUAUCCGACACCGAACCGGAAGUGGAAAAGUCCACUCGCAAACCACGAAAGAGUGCGUCGACCCAGGCUUUUUUAGAACCGUCGGUCAAGAUUGAAGAGCCAGACCUUGGUCUGAAGAGAGAAUCCUUGGAGUCUGGGACAAGUCCAUUCUCAGAUGAGAACCCGUUUCAAUCAGGGUCCAGUCCACCUUCUGCUUCUGACCGACGGCAAUCCGCUUCCAGAUCGCGAAAAUCCCUGACGGCGACAAGCACCAACAAAAGUCCUACCAAACGCCGACAGACAACUUCGCCAUCUGUUGUGUCAGGACAAACACGCUCGAGCUACUCGUUUCCGGCGUCAAGAAUCAGCUCGAGUGGAACAGAAGACGGUGUCCCUGUGACCGAGGAAUUUACCCCAGAUGCCGCCCAAGAGCUCGCCGAGCAAGAGAGGAACGGCCAAGUUGUAUCAGGCAGGACCUCGACACUCGUGCGGCGGAAGAAGAAGCAGCCGCCCAGCACCGUGGCGAAAACUGCGCCGUGGGCUGUCAUUACCACCAUCAUAGCGGCUCUGGGAGCAUGGUAUAGACAAGAGAAGAUCAGUGUCGGCUAUUGUGGAGUAGGCGAGCCCAACUGGUCUCUUGCGACCAAUCCACACAUUCCUGCCUGGGUGCACGAUAGCUUACAGCCAGCAUGUGAACCUUGCCCACAGCAUGCAGUCUGCUAUCCCGACAUGCAGGUGCAGUGCGAAACCGACUUUGUUCUCAAGCCUCAUCCGUUAAGUUUGAAUGGGUUGGUUCCUCUGCCCCCGACUUGUGAGCCUGACAGCGAAAAGGAGAGGAGGAUCAAAGCUGUUGCAGACAGGGCGAUCGAAGAACUCCGAGCACAAAGAGCUGCAUAUGAAUGUGGGGACAAGGCCAUCAGCUCGAAAAAGGCAGUUCCAUCUUCAUCUGGGAGUGCUCGCGCAGUUGCCAAAUCCAAGGCUACCAAGUUGGAAGUUGGGGAGGAAGAACUGAAGAAAACAGUUUCCAGCGCCAGAAGAAAGGGAAUGAGUCCGGACGAGUUUGAAGAUCUUUGGCGCGGAGCAUUAGGAGAUAUUAUGGGCAGGGAGGAAGUGACUGUCACUCGCGAUGGAUCUGGGAGAGUCCUCCUCUCCAGCUCCUCCCUCGCAAGGCUACCCCUCACCUGCGCAGUCCGACGAUCCGUAUUCCGAGCGAUUACGCAACAUCGAAUCCCUGUUGGCAUUUUAAUGCUCCUGCUAUCCAGUGUGGCGUAUGGGCGCAACAAACUGAUCGCCCAUCGACGAGCUACGGCACAGAUUCCAGGACUCGUUGCCACGACCUUGGACAGAUUGGCGACUCAGGCGGCGCUCAAAGAGGAUGGACGCACCUCGGAAGCCUUCAUCAGCGUUAGCCAGCUCAGAGACGAUGUGCUGAGAAAUGUCUUCAGUGCAUCAGAGAGAGAACGGGUGUGGCAGAACGUAAGGAAGAUCGUGGAGGGCAACUCCAACGUGAGGGCAGCAACGAGAGAAGGAGGCAAGACCGGGGAAUGGAGUCGAGUAUGGGAGUGGAUUGGACCGGUCGACCUCGCGCCGGGUCUAGAAGGUCGAAGGUCUGGCGGGCUGAUCACGGAUGGUAGAGCAGCGCCGGGUGGAGGAAGUAAUGGAAGUGUCGAGAGAGGAGAGGAUCGGUCGAACUUGGAGAUCAGGAGAUGGGAUGAGGGCAGGCCCAUCUACUGA